UUGCUCGGCCUGUGUUCUCCGCAUAUGGAGCUUUUCCAGUGCCACCAAGAACUGAGCCGUAGCACAAGGAGACGGUUUUCCAUUGCAGAUAAUGUGAGCCGUACCGGACUCCUACGCGUGCUGACAUGGACUUGAUGGGUUUGCUCAAAAACCAAACUGAGCUGGUUGUGUCACCACCAUCUGAUGGAUUGAAAUGCAUGGAGAUGCUAGUAAUCUGCGUCGAUAUGCAUGGAUUAUCUGAAGGAAAUAAGGGCAUAUCCUUUAUUAGUAGUAUCGCAUGUUGUAAUGUUUUGAUGCUUUCCCAAUUACUCGGAACUCGAAAAUUUCCAACCACCUACUUGGAAAAAACAUUGUAGAACAGCUGAACGGAAUGGAUUUGUAAUGCUAAUUCUGCUAGCGUUUGUUGCUAACAUAACACAAAGUUUCUCACAUGUGCUAGAGGAAACUAGCACAUAAUAAAUUAUGAUGUACACCGUGUGAACAGUAAGUAGUUUUACGUCACGGCUGCUGUCUAAGUCCAGCAAUGCCUUUACUGAGCCGACCCUCUUGCAGUGGAAAAUCGAAGCGAGCUGGAACCGUGCUGUAACUAGUUUCUCUUUGUGGUAUGGGUUGGAUAUGGCCUGGUUUCUGUAUGCCAGUGGAAAAGCACCAAUAGUUCCCAGUGUAUUUUGCUGCCUUUUCCAGUGAAAACCAAAAUGUAGUUCAUGUCUUUGGCAUCUGGGCCUUACUGACUUGCUAAGUUAUUUCACCGGGGUAUAUGGUGUCCCUCAUUCAUGGCUGUCAGAGAGAGCGCUCUCAGUGUUAGCUAGGAGCCAGCAGCUGCCCUGUGGGUACACUGUACUUGUCUGUCCUAUAACCAGGGGUGGAUAGUUCAGGUCCAUAAUGUAAAAAUCCAGACCAAGAUUUUUUUUUUCGGUUAACCAGUUGAGUAUAAAGAGGCACAGAGCAUUCAAUUGUGUGGUUGGAACAAAACCUUAGCAUGGGUUUUAACUUUCUGGACCUGAACUUUUCUCCUCUUUGUUUUUCCAUGUGCUUGAAUCUCCCAUUUUGUCACCCAGAAGCUACUUGUGACAGGUGCAUCACCUCCGCAAGCAAUUUGGAUGGAUACAGUUCACAUGUUUUCAAACGAGUGACCAUGAUGUAGUGAGAAACUACUUUUUUUUUUCUUUCCUGAAUCCAGUAGCGGGUGGUAGAAAGAGGCUGGGCUGUAGAGAGGUUUGGGUAGGUGACAGAGCUAAGCUUAGAUCUCCUGCUGGGCGUGAAAGUUGGAGUGAGCAGAAAGCUUGAGCUGUAGAUGGGUGUGUUGUCCAUUUUUAUGCUGAAUGGAUUUGCAAGAAUGCUGGCUUGGCAUCUACCUGCAAAUAAGGUCAGUACACUGCCAAUAUGCCCCCACACCCCCCACAGUGACCGCAGAAAUCAGUCCAUACAGCUGACACCUACACAUCCUGCAUGCUGUCCACAUGAUCUGAAUAAUCGCUGAAUUUACUUUAUAAGCAGAUUUUUUUUUGUAAUUUACAUUACGUUGUAUGCUGUGCAACAUAUCUCAUUACACUAUAUUAUAUACCAAAGCAUUUUAUUUUUGUCAUGCACACAGAUGCCUUCAGUACUGUGCUAGAUACUUCCUGGAUUCAGACACUUAGAGAAUGCUUUUCUAGCUAACAUCAGACGCACGCUCAGUGUUUUUUAUGACAGUCUUGGUUUAGCACUGGCUGCGGCUGGAACUGCCCUGACAGUGAUAUUCCCACGGGCCGCGAAGCCGGGUCCGGUAUGACCUCAUUCUCCUUAGAGGACGAGCGGGCGCGCCACCCACAGGCUGCGCCCAGAGGUGCGAAUGCGUAUGAUAAUGCGUUUGUAAGACUGGAGCGAGUAAUAGGGACGGAGGGAAAGGGGUGGGUGGCGAAUGCUUUCUGCACUUGCGCCGUUGCAGCGUCAGGAUUAGUUGGCUUGUUGAUCUCGGUGUCUAACCGCUGCCUUCCAUCAAAGCCCCCUCUCUUUAUACCUCCACGCCCCCGCCCACCUUAAUCCCCUCCCUUGCAGGAGUCCCCUCUCUUCCCGCAGGACUCAGGAAAGGUUUCUCAUAAACAACUUCUCUGCCAUAAGGAUGGGCCACAGACCGAUCGCUGCGUUGACAUGUUAAUAUCAAGCUUUCCUUAACCAUCAGCUAUGAAUCAUGCUUCUGACUUUGCUUCCAAAUCUGCUUGUGAGCAUCCUGGGGUCCUGGUUGCAUCCAUUCGGUUAUGCUUCCACCGUUCCCCCGGCAGUAGAGAAUGAGGCGAUAAAGGAUGCGGUGUUUGAGACGCUGGGGCGGGAGCCGCGGACUGCAGCAGCGGACACCGAUAACAGCACACAGCACCCAUCCGAACAUGAGAUCAUUUACCCCUCCCGACUCAUCUACUACCUUAACGAAGAAUCGGAAAGCACCUACCACGAUUUAGACACUAGGGCAAAGAACCAAGGCACAGAUGGACAGGUGGUCCACCUAGCCCAAGCCAGCUACCAGAUCGAGGCCUUUGGUUCCAGGUUUAUACUGGACCUGUCUUUAAAUAAUGACUUGCUGUCAUCAGACUAUGUGGAGAUUCACUAUGUUAAUGGAAAACCUAUUCAGGUGAAGGGAGGGGAGCAUUGCUAUUAUCACGGCCAGGUGAGGGGAAACACAAACUCACGCGUGGCACUGUCUACAUGCAACGGGCUGCAUGGCAUGUUUGACGAUGGACUCCACAUGUACGUGAUCGAGCCCCUUCACCAGACACACUCCAUGGACACGGCAGCUCGGCCCCACACUCUACGGCGCGGCCAGACGCUGCUCUGGCCUACUGAUCUGGAUGGACAGUUGAGCGAGGAGCAGGCGUUCGCCGACCCGGAGGACCUGUCCUGGUUGAAGCGCAGGAAAAAGCGUGCGAUGCCCCCCAACACAUUCGAAGAGAUGAAGUACCUGGAGCUUAUGGUUGUCAGCGACCAGAACAUGUUCAAAAAGCAAAAGACCAAACUGCACACCAAGAACUUCGCCAAGUCUGUGGUCAACCUGGUGGAUGCUGUUUUCAAGGAGCAUCUGAACACGCGUGUGGUGCUAGUUGCUGUGGAGGUCUGGACAGAUGAAGACCGUAUUCCCAUCAGCAUCAAGCCGUUGGAGAUGCUGCGUGAAUUCUCCAAGUAUCGGAAGAGCUACAUCAAGCAGCACGCUGAUGCUGUUCACCUCAUCACCAACGUGACGUUCCACUACCCCAGAAGCAGCGCCGCUUUCUUCGGGGGUGUGUGCUCCAACAUUCGUGGGGUUGGGGUCAACGAGUAUGCCUCCACCUGGACGAUGGCACUAUCCCUGUCCCAGAGCCUGGCGCAGAACCUGGGAAUACAGUGGGACCCGGCCAACAAACGAAAGGAGUGUGGCUGUUUGGAGGCGUGGAGUGGCUGCAUUAUGGAGGACACAGGGGUGCAGCACCCGCGCAAGUUCUCCAAGUGCAGCAUCUCCGACUACAAGGAGUUCCUGCUGAAGGGCGGAGGGUCCUGUCUCUUCAACAAGCCGACCAAGCUCUUUGAGGUCACCGAGUGCGGAAAUGGGUACGUGGAGGUGGGGGAGGAGUGCGACUGCGGAGCGAGGGCGGAGUGCUACAAGGAGUGCUGCAAAAAGUGCUCCCUGUCUAACGGAGCACACUGCAGUGACGGCCCCUGCUGCAACAGCACCUGCUUGCUGUACCCUCGGGGUUACACCUGCCGCUUCACAGUGAACGACUGCGACAUCUCUGAGACGUGCACUGGCGAUUCAGGCCAGUGCCCCCCCAAUCUGCACAAACAAGAUGGCUACAUGUGCCAGAUGAACCAGGGUCGCUGUUACAGCGGGGAGUGCAAAACCAGGGAGACUCAGUGCAAAUACGUCUGGGGCUCCAAGUCUGGCGCGUCGGAAAAGUUCUGCUACGAGAAACUGAACACGGAGGGGACGGAGAAGGGGAACUGCGGGAAGGAUGGAGACAGCUGGGUGCAGUGCGGCAAGCAUGAUGUGUUUUGUGGGUACCUUCUCUGCGCCAACAUCGGUCGUGCCCCCCGUAUCGGUGUCUUGAAGGGUGACAUCACCCCCACCUCCUUCAAUCACCAGGGCAAGCUGGUGGACUGCAGUGGCGGACAUGUGCUUCUAGACGACGAGAGUGACCUCGGCUAUGUGGAGGACGGGACGCCGUGCGGGCCUUCCAUGAUGUGCCUUGACCGCAAGUGUCUGCCCAUCCAGUCAUUCAACAUGAGUGCCUGCCCUAGCGGCUCCAACGGCCUGGUGUGCUCCGCCCACGGGGUGUGCAAUAAUGAGGCUACCUGCACCUGUGACGCCACCUGGGCAGGGACUGACUGCAGCAUGCCCGACCCCCCAAAGAAGCCCCCGCCCAGCGAGGAUGAAGGACCUAAAGGUCCUAGCGCCACCAAUCUUAUAAUUGGCUCCAUCGCGGGAGCCAUCCUGGUUGCGGCCAUUGUGCUGGGGGGGACAGGAUGGGGCUUUAAGACUGUCAAGAAGCGUGGAUUUGACCCCUCCGCUGGUGGCAUCUAAAGAUGGAAGAGGAUUCCCCAAGAAGGAUCUCCAGGGUCGCUUUCACAGCCCACGGCUGGACUGCGUUACAUGCUGCUGACUUCGGCAUUAGUUUUACUUGAACAACAACAACAACAAAAAAAGAACAGUAACUGCUGAUCAUAGAUUCUUGCCUCUUAAUCCUUCCCCAAGGCCUCAUCAACCUCUGUUCCUUCAGCGCCAAUGGAAUUCCCCCUUCGGACAUCCCAGAAGUGUUCGGGGGCAGUUGGGGGAAGGAACGCCCACAUAACUCCAUUAUUAGGCAUGUUUUCCGGUCUGGAACCCUGCUCACAUUGAAGGACGCUGCAUGGCUGAGAAAACUACCAGAAGCAAAAAUAGCAAACAAAAAAUAUAUAGAAUAAAGAAAGCGUAGAGUAAAAAAAAAACAAUGAACAUAGAAGAGCACCUUAAAAAGGCAGCAAAUGGUGCCAAGCCAAUUCCCCUAUCCCUCCCCCCGGCGAUGGGCGGGGGGGUUGAAUCAGGGUGCUUCCUUCAUGCCUUUUGGCUCAACAUACCACUAAACAUAGCUAAGAUUGUAUAUACACCACAAAACGAGUCCAGCUCCAAACAUAUCAUCCUGAAGUGACGUCAGCCGCUCUCCUUUGUUUUAGCAUGUUGUCUAGCGGGUGUGUCUGGCUGCAUUAAAAAAAAAAUGGAAAAGAAUCGAUAGUCAACUUGGCCAAACAGUGACAGACAGACUGGCAACUGUCAGAAGUCAGGGUCAAAGGUCAGACCGAGCAAACCACAUCAUGCCAAGUUGUCUGGGGGAGGGGGGGGGUAAAUUUGUGGGUAGUUGUUUUGAAGGGGGGGGUUCUAUGAAUCCUGCUACUGGCAUCCCUAAACACCUACAACAGUGGCAGAAAGCCAAAGAAUUGGCUGAGCUAGCUAAUGUCUACCGCUGCCCUACACAGACCACUUCCCGACCAUGGGUGGAAAUACGGAUAUGUUUUGGGGUGGGGGCGGGGGAGGGGGGGUGUCCUCCCCAAUCACAUGCCCAUCCUACUAAGAGCCCUUGUACACACCCGCUGUCCUGGCUUGGCCGUUGUGCGUUGACAAGCGCAGCGCCCCCUAGCAGCUCUGGUAGCGCACUGCAUGUAAACAUAAUACUUGGCUUCCAGUCUUAUUAAGAGAGUCCCAGAUAUGCAAAGGACGAUGCUACAAGGUAGGUGCAUGAGAGCAAUUAAUCAUUUAAACUUUUAUUUACUAUGCAAAGAAAUGUAUUGCACAAAACUUAAGGGUUAAAUAUGAUCAUAAUAGUGAUAAACCAUUUUUAAAUGACUAAUAAUAAGGCAAUCUUUUAUAUGCUUGGCCACACACACAUCUUUUUAGCUUUAAAUAAAAUAUUAAUAAUGAUGACGACAAUGGCGAUGGAAUUUCUUAAGUGAAAGAACUUAACAUCCGUCCAAAAUAUAUGAGUCAUUAUUUAUGUGCCGGAAAACCAAGUGGAUUUUUUUUUUAUUCGACAUUUCACCCUGGGUGUGUCUGGGUGAUUUUCACAGACUGCAGUUACACGUUCUGUGGCUGUAAGGACAACUGCCCGUGUUUGGUUCUGUAUCGACUGCCAUCCCACGUGUCCACAGUGCAUCACGUCUGUGUUCAGAUGGAAGGUAGCCAUGAAUAAAUGACUAAUAUUUUA